AUGGAUAAAGUUGAUGCAAGUGUAAAUCCUGAUCUAGUAAUUCCUGAAAAAAGGUUUAUGAUAAGAAAUGUUACAAGCACUCUUGUUUCUUCAACUAAAGCUAGAAAUGUAUUUUGGGUUAAUGCCAUGUUUGAUGCACCAACUGAUUUACCAAAUUCAUAUAUCAUGCAAGUUUUAGUUCUGAAUUCAAGUAUUUCUCUUGAUCUACCAAAAGAUAUUAUAGGUUGUAUAGCAGGACCCGUUGGUUUUUCUAAUGAAAAUUCAACUAGUGGUAAAAAUGUAAUUAGUAAUAGUUUUUUUUAUUCUUGCAUAGCACUUACACAACUGGUUAUAGUAGUUUUAAAUAUUAUUUACUUAUUAAUUAUUUGA